CAUGCAUUCAUCAAUUUUUGGUAUGAUAAUCUUCACAUUCACAUUGUGGUCUUCACAAAAACUAGUCCUUUCCUCCUCUCAUAAUGAUUUCCCUAUAGCUAAGCCCAACUGCAACGAUAGUUGCGGUGGCAUAAGCAUCCCCUUCCCUUUCGGCACCACGCCACAAUGCUACAUCUCACCAGAAUUCCGGCUCACUUGCAACCACACAUCUUCCGAUCCCCCGAAACUAUUCACGGGGGAAACGAAUUUCGAAAUCACAGAUAUAUCCCUGGACGGGCAGAUCACGCUCCUCAACUCCAUAGCAUAUGAAUGUUUCAAUAGCAAUGGCAUACGAUCUUCCAAUUUUAGUGAGGAGAUGCGGCUUGGCAGCUACUUGACGGUGAAUCAUACUGCGAAUAAGUUCACUAUGGUUGGUUGUUCUGCCAUCGCAGUUGUUUCGGGGGCUACUAUUGCCAACCAGGUCGUCGCGACGGCUGGCGUUACCCAAUGCAGUUCGGAGGUUGAUGUAACUGAAGGGACGUGUAACGGCGUGGGGUGUUUCCAGGUUGAAAUCCCCCAAAAUGUGUCCGACUAUAUAGUUACAAUCCAGAGGUUGCCCAAUUAUACUAAUACUUGGAACUUCAGCAACUGCACUUAUGCGUUUGUUGUUGACGACUCUGCCUUCAAGUUUUCAAAGGAUAAUCUCACUAACUUGUCACGCGUUAAAAGCCUUCCUGUGGUGGCUGAUUGGGUCGUCCGGAACGAGACAUGCCACAAGACCAUCAGCAACACUGCCACCUAUGCUUGCGUCAGUGUAAACUCCACCUGCUACAACCCCACUAGCGGUUAUGGCUACCGCUGUCGUUGCAAGGACGGAUUUCUAGGAAACCCUUAUCUUUUUCAAGGAUGUAUAGAUAUUGAUGAAUGCUCAAAUCAAACUUUACAUGAUUGCAACAAGAAAGCAUCUUGUACCAAUACAAUCGGCAAUUAUACAUGUACUUGUCCCGAGAAUUACGAAGGUGAUGGAAGGGGUGAAGAUGGUUGCAAAGAGAAGCCGCCAAAAGAUAUGAAGAUUACUUACGUCUUGAUUGGAGUUAUCAUUGGGGUCAUUUGUCUACUACUUGGCAUCAUCCUCCUCUACUUGGACCUCAAGAGAAGAUCACAUAAUAAAAUGAAACGGAAAUUCUUUCUCCAAAACGGCGGCCAUUUGUUGCAAGAGAAGCUUGCUACCAGAGAAGCCUCACCGGAUAUGGUCACCAUUUUCACCUCAUCCGAGCUAGAAAAGGCCACCAACAGUUUCCACAACAGCAUGAUCAUUGGUCGUGGCGGCUUUGGCACCGUGUACAAAGGCGUUCUAGCGGAUGCAAGAACAGUUGCCAUUAAGAGGUCUAUAAGAGUCGAUCCAACACAAAUCGAGCAAUUCAUUAACGAGGUUGUUGUUCUCUCUCAGAUCAAUCACAGGAACGUUGUCAGGCUUCUUGGUUGCUGCCUAGAAAAAGAUGUCCCGCUUUUAGUGUACGAGUUCAUUAGCAACGGCACCCUUUCUUCCCACCUACACAAUGAGGCUAAAGCGCAUGCUCUUGAUUGGAACACGCGUCUAAAGAUCGCUGCAGAAACUGCAGGGGUGCUCUCGUAUCUGCACUCUUCGGCUUCUACUCCGAUCAUACAUAGGGAUGUCAAGUCGGACAACAUCCUCUUAGACCAUACUUUGACGGUAAAGGUGUCAGAUUUUGGAGCAUCAAAGCUUGUUCCUAUUGAUCUCGACCAGCUAACCACGGUGGUGCUAGGAACUUUGGGAUACCUUGAUCCUGAGUACAUGUUGACGAACCAGCUGACAGAAAAGAGCGAUGUUUACAGCUUUGGAGUUGUUCUGCUAGAGCUAGUCACGGGGCGUAAAGCAUUGAGUUUUAAUAGGCCGGUAGAGGAGAAGAGUUUAUCCAACUAUUUCCUUUAUGUAUUGAAGCAAGAUUUGCUAGUAAAAAUUAUUGAUGAAAAAAUUGUGGGUUUGGGAAAUAUGGAGCAAAUAUCAACGGUUUGUAAGUUAGCGAAAGAGUGCUUGAAUGUGAAGGGAGAAGAUAGGCCUAGUAUGAAGGAGGUUGCAAUGGAGCUCGAAGGACUGAUACUGCGAGAGAAGCACUCGUGGGCCACAAAUGUAGACGAUGUAGAAGAGAUGAAGUCUCUGAUUCCGAAUGAUCAUGAUGGAACGAGUGGUGUGGGAUAUGAUAGCAUCAGCAUGGAUCAUAUUGUUUUGCCAAUCAAUGAUGGAGGAAGAUGAUAUUGUUUUGCUAAA